UCUUGACUCUGCUGGAUCCUCUGGCAGAGUUGUGAGGAACAGACAGGAACUUCGUGUCUAACCUGGAAAGUAGAGUGAAACAGGAGGUGAUAAACAAACAUACUGACCGGAGAAGUUAUAACAAUAAUGCAUAAACAUGGCUUUGUCGGAACUGUACACCGAGUACAACAGAGUGUGGAUUCCAGAUGUGGAACAUGUGUGGCAAUCAGCAGAGAUUAGGAGAGACUACCACUUUGGGGAUAAUGUUCUUGAAUUGCUCCUGGAAGAUGGAACUGAGCACUACUACCCUGUUGACUCGUCACAACCACAACUCCCUCCUCUCCGCAACCCGGACAUCUUGGUGGGAGAGAAUGACCUCACUGCUCUCAGCUACCUCCAUGAACCUGCGGUCCUGCACAAUCUCAAAGUGCGAUUCGUGGAGUCCAGAAUCAUCUAUACCUACUGUGGUAUUAUACUGGUGGCUGUAAAUCCUUACAAACAGCUUCCCCUCUACGGAGACGCAAUCAUUAAUGCUUACUCAGGCCAGAACGUGGGAGACAUGGACCCUCACAUAUUUGCAGUGGCAGAGGAGGCUUACAAACAGAUGGCCAGAAACCACAAGAACCAGUCUAUCAUCGUCAGUGGUGAAUCUGGAGCCGGUAAAACAGUGUCUGCUCGAUAUGCUAUGAGGUACUUUGCUGUUGUCAGCAAAUCUGGCAGUAAGACUCGAGUUGAAGACAAAGUCCUGGCAUCCAAUCCAAUAACAGAGGCAAUAGGAAACGCAAAGACAACCAGGAAUGACAACAGCAGCCGUUUUGGGAAAUACACCGAGAUCAGCUUUGACAGGAGGCACCGGAUUAUCGGCGCGAAUAUGAGGACCUACCUGUUAGAGAAAUCCAGAGUCGUUUUUCAGACAGACAAUGAGAGGAAUUAUCACAUUUUCUACCAGAUGUGCUCCUGUGCACAGCUGCCAGAGUUCAAGAACCUAAGACUGUUGAGUGCAGAUGAGUUCCGGUACACAUGCUUGGGUGGUGAGAUCACUAUCGAAGGUGUAGAUGACAAGAAAGAGAUGGAAGAGACUCGACGGACCUUCUCGCUGCUGGGGCUGAAGGAAGACUUCCAGUCAGAUGUCUUUAAAGUUUUGGCAGCCAUUCUGCAUUUGGGCAAUGUGGAGAUCAAGAACUCUGGAGAUGACAAAUCAUCAGUUUCUCCCAGUGAUCCACAUCUGGCAGUCUUCUGUGAGUUGUUGGAUGUGAGUGCAGCAGGGUUGGUGCGUUGGUUGUGCCAUCGGAGGAUUGUUAUGGUGACUGAGACGGUGGUGAAGCCAGUACCCAAACACCAGGCAGUAAAUGCCAGAGAUGCCCUCGCCAAACAGAUCUACGCCCUCCUGUUCGACCGUAUUAUUAACAGGAUAAACACAGCGCUGCAGGUCCCAGGAAAACAACAUGCUUUCAUAGGUGUUCUGGACAUUUAUGGCUUUGAAACGUUUGACAUCAACAGCUUUGAGCAGUUUUGUAUCAACUAUGCAAAUGAAAAGCUUCAACAGCAGUUUAAUCUGCAUGUGUUCAAGCUGGAGCAAGAGGAGUACAUGAAAGAAGACAUCCCAUGGACGCUGAUAGAUUUCUAUGACAAUCAACCGGUCAUUGACCUGAUCGAAGCUAAGAUGGGGAUCCUGGACUUGCUUGAUGAAGAAUGUUUGUUUCCUAAAGGCACCGAUCAAAGCUGGCUGCAAAAGCUGCACAACUACCUAGACGCCAAUCCACUGUUUGAGAAGCCCAGGUUAUCAAAUGAGGCGUUUGUGAUACAACACUUUGCUGACAAGGUGGAGUAUCAGUGCAAAGGUUUUCUUGAGAAGAACCGAGAUGCUCUCUAUGAAGAACUGAUUGACAUUAUGAGAGCUAGUAAGUGUCCUUUUGUGGCCAACUUUUUCCAAGAGGAGGAGCAAAACAGUCGGGGCACUAAAAGUGUCAAAGUAAGGCCCGCCAGGCCUGGAGUGAAACCAGCCAAUAAACAGCUGAGAACCUCUGUUGGAGAUAAGUUCUGCAGCUCCCUCUCCUUACUGAUGGAAACACUGAAUGCUACCACCCCUCACUAUGUGCGCUGCAUUAAGCCUAACGACGAAAAGUUCCCGUUUGAGUAUGACUCCAGAAGGGUGGUUCAGCAGCUGCGAGCCUGUGGAGUCCUUGAAACUAUUCGUAUCAGUGCUCAGAGCUAUCCGUCCAGGUGGACAUAUGUUGAGUUUUACAGUCGAUACAGUAUCCUAAUGACUCAUCAGGAAGCAGGCCUCAGUGACAAGAAACAGACCUGCAAGGACGUACUGCAGAGGCUGAUUCAGGACUCUAACCAAUACAAGUUUGGUCGGACAAAGAUCUUCUUCCGAGCUGGUCAAGUAGCUUAUCUAGAGAAGCUGCGUCUGGACCGACUCAGAGGAGCCUGCAUUACCAUCCAGAAACACGUCCGUGGGUGGAGCCAGAGGAGGAAGUACAUGUGCAUGAGACAGGCAGCCAUCAUCAUCCAACAGUACAUCCGAGGAAAGAGGACAAUACGUAAAACAGUGAGUGCUGCAACACUGAAGAGGGGCUGGGCUUCACUGGUGAUCCAGAGGCAUUGGAGAGGCUACCGUAUGAGACAGAUCUACCAUAUAGUCCGCCUGGCCUCCAUCACCAUCCAGGCUUUCACACGAGGUUGGAUGGCCCGUAAACGCUACAAGAAGAUGAUGGAAGAACAGAAAGCUUUGGUUCUACAGAAGUAUGCCAGAGCAUGGCUGGCACGGCGGCGAUUUCAAACCAUGCGUCGGCUGGUGCUUAACGUUCAGCUCUCCUACAGGGUCCAGCAGCUUAGAAAGAAGAUUGAUGAGCAGAAUAAAGAGAACCGUGGGUUGAUGGAAAGACUGACAAGCUUGGCCAACACUCAUUCUCAAACUGUGGACAGACUUCAUGGUCUGGAGACAAAGCUGGAAAAAUCAUCCAACCAGAAGGCAUCUUUGGAGGCAAGAGAGAAGAAAGUGAAAGAAGAUGCUAGUCUGACAAUUGCUCAGCUUCAAAAUGAGAUGGAUGCACUAACCCUUGAAAAGCAGAACUUGGAGAAAAAGUUUGAAUCUUCCACCAAAGAGGCAAAUGAGAGCUUUGAUCAAAUAAAGAUGAAUCUGCUAGAGGAGAAAGAAAACGAAGCAAGGCUUAGGAAAAUUGCAGAGAACAACAUUGAGAUCCAGAGACAGGACCACGAGAAGGAGGUGGAAACUCUGAAAGAGGAGAUAAAGAGAUUGAAAGAAGAGAGAGUCAGUCUGCAGAGAAAGCUGGAGGAGGGGGGCCAGGUGAACUCUGACCUGCAGGAACAGGUCAUCCAGCUCUCCAAGCAUGUCAAGGCUAUUCCAGAGCUACGCAGAGAUCUCAAUAACAUGCAAAAUCAGAGGAAUAACAUUGACCGAAAGAUGAAAGAACAGUCAGAACAAGCAAGAGUUAAAAUGAAGGAGAUUACAAAACAACUUCUCGGUGGUGUUGUUGAAGAGGAGGUUCUUUUGGGGCUAACUCAAAACUCCGACUCUGAGAAGAUGUAUGAAGUUGAAGACAUGCUGACAGCCUUCGAUGGCAUGCAGAAAGCUACCAGAAUACUGGAAAACCACCAGAGGGAGCAAAAGGAAAGCUAUGAGACCCAAGUUGAGGGCUUGAAAUUGAAACUGGACCACCUUCAAAAUGAGAACAACAAGCUGCAAAACCUGUUCCAGGAGAAAAGUAAUGUCAAUGAGAAAAUUCUCCAAGAGGUGUCCAGGCUCAGGAGUGAGAACUCGGUUCUACCUGAGCUGAAACUGCAGGUUUCAGAGCUGCAAAGACAAAAGCAAGAGCUAGAGGUCCAUGUAGAGGAGCAGAACAUAGAGUUAACAGAAAAAACAGAGGAGAUCACCAACAUCCUUCAGAAGAAGAUUCAAGAAGAGAGUUCACAACGCAGGCACUUUGAGGAGAAAGCUGAAGUGUUGGAGGAGGUGAAGACGGAUCUUCAAGGCAAAGUAGAGGACCUACAAGAGGAGAAUGAUCACUUGAAAAGACAGCACAUGAUGGAGAGCGAGGCCAAGAUGAGACUGAGACAAGAGGCUUCACAGUUAACUGCUGAGAAUAUGGACUUUGAGGAGCAGCUUGAUCAGAAGGACAGAUUAAUAAAGAAACUCCAGAAUCAAAUAAAGAGCCUUGAAACAUCUCACAAAGCCAAGCAAACGCCGGCGCCUGCUCUUCCUAAAGAUUACCUCGGCAUGUUGGAGUACAAGAGAGACGAUGAAUCCAAGCUUGUCCAAAACAUCAUUCUGGAUCUGAAGCCUAAAGGUGUGGUGGUCAACAUGAUCCCCGGUCUGCCGGCGUACAUCCUCUUCAUGUGCGUCCGCCAUGCCGACUACCUGAACGACGAUGCCAAACUCAAGUCUCUUAUGAAUGGAAUUAUCACUGCUGUCAAAAAGGUCAUCAUGACUCACCACAAAGACUUUGAGUUGCUGUCAUUCUGGCUGUCCAACAUGUACCAGCUGCUCAACUGUCUGAGGCAGUACAGCGGAGAAGAGGAGUUCAUGAAACAAAAUACUCCCCGUCAGAAUAAGAACUGCUUGCAGAAUUUCGAUUUGUCAGAACACAGGCAGAUUCUCAGCGACCUGGCCAUCCACAUCUACCACCAGUUCAUCACGGUCAUGGAAAAAACCCUCGCUCCAGCCAUCGUACCCGGCAUGCUGGAGCACGAGAGUUUACAGGGAAUUUCCAGCAUGAAGCCAACAGGCUUCAGGAAACGUUCCAACAGCCUCUAUGAGGACUCAGAGAACUACACCAUCUCCUUCAUCAUUCAGCAGCUCAGUCACUUUCACUCCACCAUGAGCCAGCACGGCAUGGAGCAAGGUCUCAUCAAACAGGCUAUCAAGCAACUGUUCUUCCUUGUUGGUGCGACCACCCUCAACAACAUCAUGCUCCGCAAAGAUAUGUGCUCCUGCAGGAAAGGAAUGCAAAUCAGAUGUAACAUCAGUUAUCUGGAGGAGUGGCUGAAGGAGAAGGACCUUCAGAGCUCUAACGCCAUAGAUACUAUGAAGCCGUUGUCUCAGGCUGCCUGGCUCCUGCAAGUCAACAAGUCCACCGAUGACGACGCCAAGGAGAUCACUGAAAAAUGCACUGAGCUCAACCCUGUUCAGAUUGUCAAGAUUUUGAAUUCGUACACACCCAUCGAUGACUUUGAGAAACGGGUGGCAUCAUCAUUCGUCCGCAAAGUUCAGUCACUUCUACAAGAUCGUGAAGGGUCGACACAGCUGAUGCUGGACACAGAUUAUCGUUUCCAGGUCACGUUUCCUUUCUGCUCAUCCUCGCAGGCUCUGGAGCUGCUGCAAGUCCCGAGCAGCCUUAAUCUGGGCUUCCUCACCAGGAUCUGACUCAGCCGGCCUUUGACCUUUCUCUCUUUAUUCCUGACUCAUAGCACUGUGGCCUACGGCUAUAUGUUGUGUAUGUAUAAAUAUGUAAACACUUUUAAUAAAUGAUGUUUUUAAAAUAAAUGCAGGGACGGAGCCAGGAAAGAUACUGAAGUCAUGUUUCCUCUCUGCUCUGUGAGGAAAUUACAACCAGGCUCCAGAAGGAAAGUCUUCUUUAAUUGCUUGAAUUUUCAUAUUUUAUUUAUUCAAGUAUUUUUGUAAAUCUUAUUAGAGCAGGAACAUCACUGAAUAGUUAAAUGACAAAACAGCCUGCAGCCAUUUUAAUAAUAGUUAUUUUUAAAUCAAAAAUACCUGUUUUUAAAAAUUUGUCUCCUUUUGUGUUUUCUGUCUGUAACUGUGUGUUUUUAUUUGUGCUGCUGCCUGUCUCACUUGUCUCUUAGUCUCAACGGGACUCUCCUGGUUAAAUAAAGGUUAAAUAAAAACUUCA